AUGGUCCUCCUCCGCCCUCUCCUGACGGUCACUGCCUUCCUGGGUGCCUCCGCCCAGGCUCAGAGUGUUGUCGGCACCCCAUUUGGCUUCGCCAGUGGAACAACUGGAGGUGGUAGUGCGACUCCUGCCGCACCGAAAGAUACUGCCGAGCUUAAGCAGUGGCUGUCCGACGCCACUCCCCGCGUGAUUCUGAUCGACAAGGAAUUCAACUAUAUCGGCACCGAGGAUACUUGCACCGACUGCGAAUGCUGUAUCCCUGAGUCCAACACAUGUGGUGACGCCGGUCAGAACGCCAUUAAGACCAAGGGUUCCACCUGGUGCGGCUCCUACCCAGCAACCAAGUGUACAUACGACAAUGCUGGCAUUGAGGGCAUGGAGGUUGCCUCUGACAAGACCAUCCUCGGUGUUGGAGACGCCGGUGUGAUCCGUGGUAAGGGUCUGAGACUGGUCAACGGCGUCAGCAAUAUCAUCAUCCAGAACAUUCACAUCACUGAGCUGAACCCUCAGUACAUCUGGGGUGGCGAUGCUAUUACGCUGGACGGCACGGACAAGAUCUGGAUUGAUCACAUAAAGGUGUCCUUGGUUGGUCGCCAGAUGAUCGCUGCUGGCUACGAGUCUAGUGGAGGCGUGACUAUCUCCAACUCUGAAUUUGAUGGUCAGACUAAGUGGUCUUCCUCAUGCGAUGGACACCACUACUGGACUGUCCUCGGUUACGGUAAGGGCGACCAAAUCACUUUUGCCAACAACUACCUGCACCACACUUCUGGCCGCUCCCCUAAGCUCGAGUUCGCCAGUCACUGGCACGCAUACAACAACCUCUGGGAGAACAACAGCGGUCACGCCUUCGAUGUCGGUGAAGGGGUCAAUGCACUUAUUGAGGGCAACGUUUUCUCCAACGUGAAGACUCCCAUGAACCCGGAGAAUAAGCCCGGUUCCACCUUUGCCGUUAGCGCUCAGGACGCCUCGUCCUGCACCUCUGCACUGGGCCGUCCUUGCGCCGCCAACGAGCUGACCAGUUCUGGUGAGCUGUCUGGAAAUGACCAGGCCGUAUUGUCCAGCUGGCCCAAGGGUGAGGGAGACUCAAAGGUUAUGACCACGGAUAAAGUGCCCUCGUAUGUCAAGGCCAACGCAGGUGUGGGCAAGUUGGGUGGUGGCGGUGCUUCCAGCAGUGCUAGUGUUCCUGCCGCUACCUCCAGCGCAGCUCCAUCUUCCAGUGUGACUCCAUCCUCAUCGGCUCACGCUAGGCGCCAUCACGCCAGACGCCAGCAUUACUAG